UUUUAUUUCUUUUCUUUUUGUGCUCCAUCUUUUCUCUCUCUUUUUUUUUUUCCAACUGCAGUGAUGCCAUUCUUAUAAUGAUUAAGUGGACAUUAGAUAUUUUGAUUAAAGUAACUACCUUUAAUUAAUGAAUUAACAUUGGGAAAUCUUUUAACUCAAAGACUACUAUUUUUUUUUAAAGAAAAAAGUUGGCAAGUCCCUAUCAAAAUUUUGAAAUAUUAAAAGACAAAAGUUAGACAAAAAGCCGCGUAAAAGUUAACAAAUGUGUUUUAAGUAAGCAAAGGGUAGAAGCACUUUUCAAGUGGCAACAGGAUAAAUUCUAUUAAUGUAUCACUUUGAGAUAAAUUCCUCCCUUUUUCUCCUAACACAUUGCGUGACUUCUCCUCCUUGUCUUUAUUUUCAUUUCCUUUUUGUUUAACCAAAAGUUAUUAAUUUGCAUGCUUUAUCUCCAAGCAUUCUUCUUUAUUCCCCCUUUCACUACAAUUCCCACUUCUUCUAUUUAUGAUUUUAAGUAUUGUGCUAAAUCAAUAUAAAGUUAAACCCUGCUAUAACGACGUCAUUUGUUAAAAAAAAAAAUUUGUUGUUAUAGAGAAUAUAUUAUAACAAAACUUAAAAAAUCGGAUCCAAAGAAAAUUUGAUUGUUAUAGUAAAAUGUUGUUAUAGGAGAUGACUAUCAUGAAGAGGUCUAUUUGUAUAAAUAAUUAUAAUUAUCAAGUUAAGUUUACCUACCAUAAAAUAUUACUUCUCAUAACAAGCCUGAUGCGGUAACUCGGAGAAUAGAAUGAUAACCAAUUAUUACUAAUUAAAUUAUACCCACAUUGUAAUCGUCUCACCCAUUUCUCUUUCCCAUGCCCCCAUUUUUUUUAUUUUUUUUAAACGUACGUCAAGAUUUUAAAAGCUAGUUUUGAUGGUAAAUAUUGAACAAGGAAUGGAUGUCUUGCAUCUUUUUCCUACCUCCCCCCCCCCCCUCCACCACACCCCACCCUUUCCACCUUAUUAAUUCACCUCCUAUCUACUUCUCCACCCCUUGAUAAUCUCCCAAAGGACAUCUUUCUCUUGUGUUAGAAUACGUAAGUAAUGGGAAGGGCAUUCAUAGCUUGUCUUUCUCCAUUUCACCAAAGAAAAUGUAUCUUUCAUGUUACAAAUAGUGAAAGUAUGGCUCUCUUUGCUUCAUUCACCACUGAAAUCAAGAAUCUCCAAUUAUCAUUACUAUCCAACAAUUUUUUAACUCUUCAAUGGUGUGUAGAAGCCACGACUCUGCUGAAAAAACUCCACUCUGAAUUUCUUCUCAUCAUAUUGGAUAAAUCAAAGGUAAUACCAUUUACAUGGAUCAAUGAUGAUUUGUUGAAUUUGUACAUGAAUGAGAGUUUGAACAUCAUGGAACUUUGUAACAUGUUGAAGUCAUCAAGUUUUAAGAUCAAUAUGUAUCACUUAACAAUUGAUGCUACAAUCAAGAAUCUGAAUAACUAUGAGGCAGAGGCAUUUGCCAAUAUGCAACCAAUUGUACAAAGGGACAACAAGAGAAUUCUUAUUCAAGAAAUGCAAAGGGAUUGUUGUUCAAGUUUGAUUUGCACAAUUAGAGUUGGAAUGAGUUUAUUAUCUUACAUUCUUUCAAGUGUUUUUAUGUAUCCAACUAAGAAUUAUAAGUUGGAAGUAGUUGAUAGGACUUUUUGUAAGAACUCUUCUACAAUUAAGUCAUUCAGGGACUCAGUUAAUGAACUUGCCACUGAAUUUCAGAGAAAAUAUUACAAAGAUGGACAGAGAGGGGUAAUAGGAUUUUAUGAGUAUGAAGAAAUGGAGAAGGCAAUAAUGCAAGCAAAAGAAAAGUUUAAAAGGGGAUAUGAAGAAGAGAUAAAGAGAAAUAAAGAUGUUAUUCUGCAGAAAUCUGCAGCUCUAAAGGCUGGUUUGGAGAAGUUUGAAUCACAAGUUAAUCAAGUAUUUGAAGAGGUGCUAAAAGGAAGGAAUAAGUUGCUCCACAUGAUUGGUAAAACCAAUGGAAUUUUUAGAUGAGUCAUACUCUACUUCUUGUGUAUAUUUCUUCAUUUAUUUUUUUCAAGGGCAGAGUUUAAAAAACAUACCUAAUACUCCAUAUUUUAUACUUUAUAUGGCAUCAUUACCAUAACUUUCUCAUUAACUAUUAAUUAUGUAAUUGCA